GUCCAUCUUUGGUUUGAUUUGGAUUGCUCUCAGUGCCUGCAACUCUUUCCCUAUUCUGCUAGCUGCAAAACGUUGUAAAUACUUAAAUAUAAAACAUGACCACAUUAACUGGACUAUUUCCAUUCUUUCAAUAGACCUGCUGUUGUACUAUUCUGUGUUUUCCAAAUUUACAAAACCACAGAGACAAAACCAUGCCAACAAUUAUAACAAACUAAACGGGGUCUUCUGUAUAGUAACAACGAUCCUGAUGUUCAGUUGUGGAGAUGGUGUAACUUUUAGGCCUACUUUUAGCCUGGUCUACUUUAUAAAUCCACCUAGAGAGUCGAAGUCCCGGACACCAGGAGGUGUAUUCAAUAUAUCACAGGAAUAAUACUGUUCCAUGCUCAGCCGCCCCUAAUGGCCAUGUAGCCUGCUGAUAAGCCGUCACUUUCCGCACUUGCUGCUCACUCCAUUUUAACCUUGUCCGGCGAUUUCAAUGGAUUUUAUAUACUAAAACCUAGAAGUAGCCGAGAUGGAGCUGUAUACGGACUAUUCCUACGAUCGAGGGUAAAAUGUUGAAGAGGGUUGAAUCAAUAGUUAAUGGGGGUGGUGGAAACGUAAUGACAUUGAAGAAUGUCGUUUCAACCUCGGGGGAGUCUGAGCAGUUGCACAAAGUCUUGCUCGUGUGUGCGGAUGAAGGACCAUGGCCACGGUGACGGCGGCUCUGAGUUCAGCCACCGGUAGGCCUACUUCUGUAUUCAUGGUUUCGCAGGUCGGAGACACGCCCUGACUUUCAGUUUAGGCCUAUAUUAUAUUGCAGAUCAUCACUUAUUAUAGAUCAGCCAAAGUGAAACGUCAUCAGAUGCCAUCUGACGUAAUUUGGAUUUAGUUAGACGUGCAAAUUAGUGAAAUUAAGUAUUUAUAACAGAAAUAGGCCUAUACCGUGUAUACAAAUAAACCGCAUCACAGUGCAACAAUAUCAACAUGCUUCCAUCGAUAAUUGGCUUCGGUUUCAAAGCUGCAACCGCGCCAUCUCGUGGCGAGAGGGCGCUAUCAAUUCCCGAGGACCAGCGGCUUCUUGCAAGUGACGUAGAAGCGCUACUGUUUUUUUGUCACCCUUUUACGAAAAAAGUGCCAAUGUAGACGGCAGGAACCUCAGCAUCAGAUGCACGUCGAGCUCCCUCGCUACGUGGACCACGGGGCGGACAGAAAGGACUGAAUGCGUUUCACUUGUAGCUGGUAAAGUUGAGGUGGGGCGACAUACGACCCGCAGCGAGCGUCCUCACGGCUGUCUGGAGCGUCAGUUUGCCGCUCUUCAGCAGAGAUGGAUCCGCUUGCACCGGGGAUGUGAAGAGUGUUAUGUGAGCCAACACCAGUCACCCACCUAGCUGGUGGAGGAGGAGGAGGAGGAGGAGGAGGAGGAGGAGGAGGGAGGGAGGCGGGGGUGGCGGUGGCGGCUGGGGGCUCAAGGGGGAGAGUGAUGCUGCAGGCGGUUGCCAUGACAGCAGAGGUUAUAUUUGCUCUGUGGUUCCUAGCGAGCGUGACGCGGGGCGGUCCCAUUGCGCCGCUGCCGCUGCGCAGGGCCCCCCCGGAGCGCGUGCUGACCCCGGGGCCCCGCGGGGACCGGGCCACGCCCGCCACCCCAGACCCCCUCCGGGACGCGGAGGACCAGCUGGCGCUCCGGGAGCUCCCGGCGCUGGGGCUCCGGCGGGGGGCCAACGGGAGCAGCGCGGCGCCGGCGCCCGACCCGGGCCCCCCGAGGGAGGGAGGCGGGGCGGGGGCGUCCCAGGAGCCGCCCUGGAGCGAGCGGGACAACCGGAUCGACGAGGGCCCCACGGGGGACCGCGUGGACCUCUCCCAGGAGGCCAUCGACGAGUACGCCUACCCGGACUACCGCGGCAAGGGCUGCAUGGACGAGAGCGGCUUCGUGUUCGCCGUCGGGGAGCAGUUCACGCCCGGGCCCUCGGCGUGCCCGUGCCUGUGCACGGACGAGGGCCCGGUGUGCGGUAAGCCCGAGUGCCCCCGGAUGCACCCGCGCUGCGUCAGGGUGGACACCAGCCAGUGCUGCCCGCAGUGCAAGGAGAGGAAGAACAACUGCGAGUUCAGAGGCAAGGUGUACGGCUCUCUGGAGGAGUUCAAGGUGUCCCCGUGCGAGAGAUGCCGGUGCGAGCCCAGCGGGGAGGUGCUGUGCUCGCUGUCGGCCUGCCCGCAGACGGAGUGCGUGGACCCCCAGUACGAGCCCGAGCAGUGCUGCCCCAUCUGCAAGAGCGAUCUCGGGAGAAUGGGCGGAGAGGGGAGGUCAGAGGUGAAGGUCGUGAAUAGUCCUCUCUUCAUAGUCUCGCUCGGCUCGCCGGGGGCCCGGCGACGGCAGCGCCUCCCGCUGCCGUCGUGUUCGAACGCAGCGCAUGAGGAGGUGAAGCGGUGCCUCGCGUCCUCAGAGGAAAAGAUCCCGACUCGCGCCCAGCCCCAGCCACCGCUUCAACACAAAGUGGUCGUUCAACACUUGGAGCCCUGGGAGAUCAACACCGUGCUUCACGUCCCCUACCCCAACGAGGAAGAGGAGGAGGCGGCCACGCCCACGGUGGACAUAGAGGUGGGCCACGCCCUGCAGCUAGGGGGGCGUGGUCUAACGGUCUCGGGGUCAGAGGGCGUGGACUAA